CUGCGUACUACAGCUGAUGUUGUGAACUGGAGGGAACAGUCAGUGGUGUUUGUUCAUCAAGGAAAGGAAAAGGUGACAGUGAAUAGACAAUUUAUUAGAAAGAGUUACCAUGACAACGCCGGUGUCUGUGCUCCGCCUGCCAAAAGGACCCGACCCCAACAGCCGUGGAUUUGACCCCAAAUCGCCCCGCUUCAUCGCCCUCUGUCGCACCUCCAUUCCCACUUCUGCCGGGUCAGAGUCGGACGCUGAGCAGCUGCAGGAAGAGCAGCACGCUCGAUCCGUGCUGCGAGAGACUUUCCUCCGAUGCCUCCUCUCCAUCAGCAACAAGAAGGUCCAGUUUCGCAUGCACGAGAAGGUGAAGGUGGACGCCACAUUUGGAGCGUCUGACAUCGACGUGCUGAACUUUCAGGUGUCGGACCUGCACACUCCCAUCGGGGUACAAAAGGAGGCGCUGAUCAGGUGUCAGGAUGUGAUUUCAUUCACUUUUGAUGUUUGAACACCUGAGACUUGUUUAUUUGGAAUAAGAAGCACUGCAAUGAGGCUCAUUUGUUGUUCCAAGUGAGCUCUGUUUUCACACUCUGUAAGAUAGUUCAUAAAACUUGUUAUUUUGUUGCUGAACAGUGCGGUUGGACAGCUGUUUUCAAUUUCUGUCUGUGUUGUUCAGCCCAUCGUACUGCCCUCGGUGACUCCAUUCAGAUAUCAAACCCUGACAAGCAAUGCCUCUCUUUCAGCACAAGAGGGAGCCCUAAGCCCGUGUUUCAAACACCAGAGUCAAGUGAUACUAUUGAGAGGAUCAAAUAUCAGAAGAUUUCUUGCCAAAAUGAUGUGAUGCUAAGGUGAUUAUUUCUUUCAGUUGUAACAGUCGUAAUUAGUUAAGAAAGAUAUAACACUUUAUGGUACAUGAUAUUUUACCUUUACAUCACGGUUUAUCAAUAUGUUGCCCAUUUCUGCUCCACAGCAUGAGACUUUAUGUAGAUGGUCUUCUUUGGCGAGAUGCAGAAAGAGGUUAAUGCUGCUCUGGUGCUCAAGUUGACAAGUUUUAUCUUUUCUCAUUUAAUUCUUUAAGUGAGACGAAUGAAACGUUGCACUUUAAAUGUUCUUUUGAGUUAGUUUUGUAUUCUGUUUGUAAAAUAUGAUCGAGACGUUGUUACAAAUAAAUGUUUUUUGCAAAUGA